UUCAACUUGCGCGUGAAUGACAACGUGAUUAUUAGUCACCGCGCUCAUCUCUAACAGACAACCCCGAGAGACACGGUCACACUGGGCGAAUGUUUACACAUUAAUGGGCGAGGGGGACUGAGGGGCAGAACGACGUGUUCUUGGCGUAAAAUUUAUCACUGGGCGAAAAAUUCCAUAAAAUUGUUUUGCGAUAGCAAAGCGCACAAACAAUAACAACAGUGACGAGAGCAUUUCGGAGUGCAGUACUACGAAUAAACGGAAAUCAAGUGACACGCUGCCAGUUUAUAUAAAUUAAGCAGAAGAUACAGAAGCAGCAGCCAAGCCGACGCCGACCGUGCUAAAGUUGACGUGGACACAGCAAAGCUAAAAAGUUCUGUAUUAAUCAGUUAAAGGAUUGCGGAUCAAAAUGUGCGGAAUUUUCGCUUACCUUAAUUACUUAACGCCCAAGACGCGUCAGCAGGUGCUUGACCUGUUGCUGCAGGGACUGAAGCGUUUGGAGUAUCGUGGCUAUGACUCAACUGGCGUGGCUAUUGAUGCGCCACCAGCGGGAAAUGAUGGUGAUGGCGACUCCAUUAUUUUGGUGAAGCGAACGGGCAAGGUUAAGAUACUGGAGGAUGCCAUAACGGAGCUAUGUCAGGGAGCAGAAGCUGAAUUUGGACAGCCUCUCGAUAUUCAUAUCGGGAUUGCCCAUACACGUUGGGCAACUCAUGGUGUGCCCUCGGAGGUUAACUCUCAUCCUCAGCGCUCGGAUGCGGCCAAUAGUUUUGUUGUCGUCCACAAUGGCAUAAUAACCAACUACAAGGAUGUGAAAACAUUUCUGGAGAAGCGCGGCUAUGUCUUUGAAUCGGACACGGACACAGAGGUGAUAGCUAAGCUGGUGCAUCAUUUAUGGCAGACACAUCCGGGCUAUACUUUUGGCCAGCUGGUCGAGCAGGCAAUUCAACAAUUGGAGGGUGCCUUUGCCAUUGCCUUUAAGUCGAAGCAUUUUCCUGGGGAGUGUGUCGCCUCCAGGCGAGGAUCUCCCCUGUUGGUUGGCAUAAAGGCUAAAACUAAAUUGGCCACAGAUCAUGUGCCCAUAUUGUAUGCCAAGGCCCAUCGUCCGCAUAGCCAGAAGCAGUUCCAACUGCUGCCACCUGGAGACUGCAGCGGCGCUGAAUAUCAACCACUGGAGGACAAACAAGUGGAAUAUUUCUUUGCCUCGGAUGCCUCGGCGGUGAUUGAGCAUACGAAUCGUGUCAUUUAUCUGGAGGAUGAUGAUGUGGCGGCCGUCAAAAGCGAUGGCUCUUUGAGCAUACAUCGUUUGAACAAAUCAUCCUCGGAUGAUCCCCAUGCCCGUGAGAUAAUCACCCUGAAAAUGGAGAUUCAGCAGAUUAUGAAGGGCAACUAUGAUUAUUUCAUGUUAAAGGAGAUAUUCGAACAACCUGAAUCGGUGGUAAACACAAUGCGAGGACGAGUCCGUUUCGAUACCCAAACCGUGGUGCUGGGCGGUAUCAAGGAGUAUAUACCAGAGAUUAAACGCUGCCGUCGUCUCAUGUUGAUUGCCUGUGGAACCUCGUAUCACAGCGCGGUGGCCACACGUCAAUUGCUUGAGGAAUUGACCGAACUGCCGGUGAUGGUAGAACUGGCUUCCGAUUUUCUAGAUCGCAAUACUCCAAUUUUCCGUGAUGAUGUCUGUUUCUUCAUCUCCCAAUCGGGUGAGACGGCCGACACCCUAAUGGCUCUGCGUUAUUGCAAACAGCGAGGAGCUCUCAUUGUCGGGAUCACAAACACUGUGGGCAGCAGCAUUUGCCGCGAAUCCCAUUGCGGAGUCCACAUUAAUGCUGGGCCAGAGAUUGGAGUGGCCUCCACCAAGGCAUAUACCUCACAGUUCAUUUCCCUGGUAAUGUUUGCUUUGGUCAUGUCCGAGGAUCGUCUAUCGUUGCAGCAACGCCGCUUGGAGAUCAUCGAUGGACUGUCGCAGCUGGACGAGCACAUUCGCUCGGUUCUGCAACUCAAUAGUCAAGUCCAGGAAUUGGCCAGAGAGUUGUAUCAGCAUAAAUCUCUGCUGAUUAUGGGAAGAGGAUUUAAUUUCGCCACAUGCCUCGAGGGAGCCUUGAAGGUGAAAGAGCUGACGUAUAUGCACAGUGAGGGAAUUCUAGCAGGAGAGCUAAAGCACGGCCCACUCGCCUUGGUUGACGAUGAGAUGCCUGUGUUGAUGAUUGUCCUACGUGAUCCAGUCUACACCAAAUGCAUGAAUGCCCUGCAACAGGUCACCUCCCGCCGGGGACGACCCAUACUUAUUUGCGAGGCUGGUGACAACGAGACGAUGGCCCAUUCGACACGUUCGCUACAAAUUCCCCGUACCGUUGAUUGUCUUCAGGGUGUUCUCACUGUGAUUCCCCUGCAAUUGCUAUCCUAUCACAUUGCCGUUUUACGCGGCUGUGACGUGGAUUGCCCUCGUAAUCUGGCCAAAUCGGUCACCGUUGAAUAAACCAACCAACCCAACCACUCCAUAGCAUCAAGGAUUCCAUUUUGACGAGUAUUUGCCAACGGCUAGAUGGUUAGCUUUAAGUUACAAUGAAAAAGUUGCACUUUAAUCCCUGCCCCUGUCUAUCACAACAGGCCCUUUUCUUGCAUUUUAUAGUUUUAAUUACCUUGUUGACUUUUAAUUUGUAUUGUUAAACAAAAAACCCCUUUUUGAAUGUGCAAUGGAAAUAAACGUAGUUAUAGUUCUA